GUCCGCGGUUUGCUUUCCCCGAACAAAUUACCAGGAUCGGAAAAUAAACUGAGAAGGAUAAAUACAUCACCGGCCAUGAAUAUUUCCUUUUCCUUCACGGAAAUCACAUGGGACGUAAUGGGAAAAAGAAAAAGUGAGACGUGGCAGCCGUGACAGCGCGAAUUGGAUUUCAACCCAGAUUCAUUGAGAUCUUGACUCGUUCGGAGGUGUCCAGCUCGCUCGUCAUCAACGGGACGGAGCGAGUCCGGCGACUGCAAGAUGUCAUAUCGAUUCGGCUGUGACAGCUGUCGACGGGGAGCAGGGUUUACGAGCUUCCAGGUUCUCCAAGUUCUCUAUGGUUCGGCAAUUACCCAUGGUCCCGGUUACGUCGAACCCACCGGGGGCACCGAAGCGGAGAUUGGAUCGUGAAGGGGUUUUCUGCUCUGCAAUCAUUAUUGUGAUAGUCAGAAAAUGUGAUGAAUCCCGCCUCCACACAGAACGAACUUACAGCGGACAUUUCCUCAAUGAGAUGGAGCUAUCAAAGUUCAGCCAUCUCCCCCCCUGCAUUGAUCGCAUAUCUCAUUCUCAUCCCAAUAAUUCUGCAAGGCGUGUUCGCAGCCGCGCAUUCUUCCGUCAACUGCGACAAGGUGAUCAGACCCUUCAGCCUCCGCUUGGUCCCCUGGCGGAUCGGGAGAUCGGGCCUGCUUGGAAUCUGCAGCCUGCAUGCACGCAAAUCAGACAUGCACCUUUGCACAUCACCCGUAGGACGAACAGGGCCCAUUCCUCAGGGCUGGAUCCAAUGUGUGGCUCGGGCCUCUCUUGAAUAGGCUCGUACAUGAUUCUCCCCAGACGCGACAGAACCCCUGUUGCCAUGCGAUGAUGCGAGGCCCAGGGUAUAGAUCCAUGACUCUUCUCC